UGAAAGAAAGUAGAGUCCACAGCUGACGGGAAGCGCCGUAAUGCCCCAGUAUUACGAGGACAAGCCGGAGGGCGGCGCGUGCUCGGGCUUGAGGGAGGACCUGGGCUUGUGUCUGCUGCAGUCGGAUUGUGUGAUCCAGGAAGGAAAAUCCCCUCGGGAGUGUCUGAAGGAAGGAUACUGCAAAGCUUUGAAAUACUCAUUUUUUGAGUGUAAAAGAUCAACGCUGGAUACCAGGGCAAGAUUCAGAGGAAGAAAAGGAUAUUGAUACAUUAUGUUGAAGCCAAGAUGAAAAACAACAAAGGAUUUUCUCUGGUCAUUAACACAAAAGAAGCCAAAACAGGAACCAUACUUUUUACUACAUCUGUUUGGUUAGACUCGUUUUCCCCUCCAUGGCACAGUGAAGAAAAACCUAAUUGAACAGUUAUGACUUAAGAGCAUAAUAAAUGUGUUUUGAGAAUUGUUCUAAAGCACAGAGAAUGGAAAGAUUGUUAUUUGCAAACUUGACUCUUCAAAUUACACAAUUUGCACUGGCAAUUGAUGUGACUGACACAGUUGAUAACAUGGAGCCUGUCCCGAAGAUGUCUAUUGGGAAGUUUAGGAUAAAACUUUUUCUUUAGUUCAGUCUUUCCUGUCUUGUUCUGAAAUAAAUCGUGUUUGUCUGA